AUGGCGCUGGACCUCACGCCGCCCGACGGUCGCAAACGGGUCAAGGUCUACGAACUGAGGGAUAAUGACUGGUUUGAUCGCGGCACCGGCUUCUGUAGCGGUCACAUACUGGAGGAGGAACCCCGAAUAUUUGUCGAGUCCGAAGACCAGCCUAAUCGCGUACUGCUGGAAACGCGGAUUUCCAAGGAGGAUGGCUAUCAAAAACAGCAAGAGACGUUGAUCGUCUGGACGGAACAGAGCGGGACGGAUAUGGCACUCAGCUUUCAAGAGGCAGAAGGAUGUGCGCAGAUUUGGGAAUUUGUAAAUGCUGUUCAACAGAAUCUCAGUUUGGCCGCGGCCGAUGACGCUCUUUCCGACGACUUGGAUAGCUACCACUCCAUCACACUACCUGCGCCCGAACUUCGAAACCUAGGUGAAAUGGAGCAGAUUGUGCGGUCGGCGAGUAUGACACAACCAGGUCGCGAUGCGCUGUCCAAGUUUAUCAUCCGCGAUGAGUACAUUGCCAAGCUAGUUCCUUUAGUGGACAUGGCUGAGGACUUGGAGAGCCUGACUGAUCUGCACCAUCUCUGCAACAUCAUGAAAUCCCUCAUCUUAUUGAACGAUAACACCAUCAUCGAAACUGUCGUCGCCGACCAUAUUAUCCUGGGAGUGGUAGGAGCUUUAGAAUAUGAUCCUGAAUUUCCCACCCACAAGGCAAACCAUCGACAAUACCUCGCAGACCAGACCCGCUAUAAAGAAGUCGUCCCUAUCAACGACCCGAUUAUCCGCAGGAAGAUUCGGAGUACAUGGCGCUUGCAAUACCUGAAGGACGUGGUUUUGGCCCGGAUUUUGGACGACCCGACUUUCUCUGUACUGAACUCCCUGAUUUUCUUCAACCAGAUGGAAAUCGUGAACCACAUCCAGACCAACGGACAUUUCCUCCGAGAACUCUUUUCCGUCUUCGAUCCCAGAAACACCAACUCCAAGCGCAAAGAUGAUGCUGUACAAUUCUUGCACCAGUGCGCGGCAAUUGCGAAGAAUCUCCAAGGUCCAUCAAGAGCCCAGCUAUUUGCCAAUUUCAUUAACCACGGCCUAUUCGCGGUGAUUGCCUUCGCAGUGAAACAUCCGAACCCAGCUAUGCGCACGACAGGCAUUGAUAUUCUGGUAGCAUUACUGGACCACGACCCGGUGAUGAUGCGGGGAUACAUGCUCAAGGCUGUCAAUGAAAAGAAGACACCGCUCACAGAUACCUUGAUUGACCUGCUCCAUGCCGAGACUGACCUAGGAGUCAAAAGUCAACUAGCUGAUGCUAUUAAGAUCCUGCUUGACCCCCAGAUACCCUUGCAGGAUCCGCUCGCCCGGGCUGGACCCGAUUAUUUCAAAAUCCGACCUACCAAUAUGCUCUCAGAUGCAUUUGUCCAACAGCAUUUCGAUGAUUCUUCUAAGCGGCUCUUUCAACCGCUCAAACAACUUGCCAACCGUGCUACCCUUAAUGAUUUGACGUUCCAAGAAGUCACGCUCUACUCGCAUCUUGCUGAUAUACUUACCUUUUUCGUCCGUCAACAUCUCUUCCGCACGCGCAAUGCGAUCCACAGUGAAUCUCUUGCGCCUCGGGUCGCUCAGCUUCUGACGGCCCCUCAAAAAUCUCUGAAGCUGGUCGCCCUCAAAUUCUUCCGCACGUUGAUCAGUCUUCAAGAUACCUUUUACCAAGCUCUCAUGACGCACAACAAUACAUUCGGCUUGAUCCUCGAUAUUGUAUAUGAAACAAUGCCUCGUGACAACCUACUCAACUCCGCCUGCCUCGAGCUCUUCGAGUUUAUCAAACGGGAAAACAUCAAGCCAUUUAUUAUUCAUGUGGUAGAGAAGUACCGGGAGAAGCUUGCAAACAUCACCUACGUCGACACAUUCCUGAAUUUGAUUCUUCGUUACGAUCAAAUGCAAGGGUAUGGUGGAGAGGCAGAUCCGUUAUUUGGCCAUGAGGAUGACAGCACAUCACGAAGGAUGCCGCUGAAUGGUCAGCGUUGGCAGGGAGUGAAGGAGAUGGAUGCCGCCGAAGAAGAUUACUUUGGUACAUCCGACGAUGAAGAUGAUUGGCCACAGGAUACUCGUGGAGCCCUUGCUGCUGGUACAUCCAAUGGCUCUGCUACUUUGAUGGUCAAGCCUUUGGUUGACUACCCUGAUGAUGAUGACGAGGAUGUCAUGGACACUAAACCUGAAGCCCUCGCGGAGCAAACCCAACGGGCCGAAGUGUUGGUCACGACAGAUGCUACAAAUGAAACCAGUCCUGACGCUGCUGUCUCUGCGCCUACCUCGCCCGCCCAGACACCUCCCGAACGACUCGCUGAGAAGCGUCGUCGUGAAGAGGAAGAUGAUGAUGAGCUAAUGAAGCUCACUGCAGGGCCCAAGCGUAGAAGCUCAACAAGUAGCAAUUCUAGCGCUGGGAUCCUAAAUCGGAAGAAGAGUUUAUCGAUUGCACCAAUUGGCGCAGCCGAAAAGUCCGGAUCGGGGGUUUUAGCGAGUGUCAGCGCGGCACCCAAGAGAAUUGCUAUCAAUUUAGGACCGACCAAGCCUACUUCUUCAGAAGCCGACACAUCGUGCACAACAGAUACUUCCGAUGAAGCCAAUGAGAAGGAGAAUCGAGACGACAGCAAAGGCGAGGGAGACAGUUGA